GCCCUCCUGUCCCGGCUCCACAGCCAUGGCUUCCAGCGGGGAGGAGCAGAGCAGCAGCUCCCCGGACUGGGGCGACAGCGGCACCGAGCUGUCCGCCGCCGAGCUCGCCGGGGCCGGCGCCUCGCCGCUUGACAGCGGGGAGGAUUUUGAGGUGUUGGAGGACGAGGAGGAYGACCUGAGUGAGCUGCCGCCGCUGGAGGACGUGGGCCGGGGCAGGACACCGGCAAAGGAGGGUGUCCCGGAGCAGGCCCCGGCGCAGGACGCGGAGGAGCCGCAGGAAUGGCUCGAUGUCUUGGGGAACGGUUUGCUCCGGAAGAAGACACUGGUGCCGGGCCAGGGGGAGGAGAGCCGCCCGCACAAGGGCCAGGAUGUCACCGUGCGCCUCAAGGCCACGCGGGAGGACGGCACCGUGGUGGAGCAGGAGCCGCGUCUCACCUUCACGCUGGGCGACUGCGAYGUCCUGCAGGCCCUGGACCUGUGCGUGCAGCUCCUGGAAAUGGGAGAAACGGCCUUGAUCGUGUCGGAUGCCAAGUACUGCUACGGCUCGCAGGGCAGGAGCCCCGACAUCCCACCCGACGCGGCCCUCACCCUGGAGGUGGAGCUGCUGGAGGCUCGGGAUGCGCCGGACCUGGAGCUGCUCCCCGGGAAGGAGAAGAUAGCGCUGGCCAACCGCAAGCGGGAGCGCGGCAACUUCUAUUACCAGCGGGCAGACUACGUGCUGGCCAUCAACUCCUACGACAUCGCCCUCAAGGUCAUCGGCUCCAGCUCCAAAGUUGAUUUUAGCCCCGAGGAGGAGGCCGAGCUGCUGGACGUGAAGGUGAAGUGUCUGAACAACCUGGCRGCCUCCCAGCUCAAACUGGACCAUUACGAGGCAGCGCUCAAGUCCUGUAACCUGGUCCUGGAGCACCAGCCCGGGAACAUCAAGGCCCUGUUCCGAAAGGGCAAGGUCCUGGCCCAGCAGGGCGAGUACCGCGAGGCCAUCCCCAUCCUCAAGGCGGCUUUGAAGCUGGAGCCUUCGAACAAGACCAUCCACGCCGAGCUCUCCAAGCUGGUGAAGAAGCACGCGGACCAGAAGAGCGUGGAGACGGAGAUGUACAGGAAGAUGCUGGGCAACCCCGGCGGCGCCCCGGCCAAGUGCCGGGACAAGCUGCCCUGGGCCAUUCCCUGGAAGUGGCUCUUCGGCGCCACGGCCAUCGCGCUCGGCGGCGUCGCCUUGUCCGUCGUCAUCGCGGCCAGGAACUGAUGAGGA